AUGGCCGAUACUCCUACCACCACGCAACUCCCCGCCACGCUCCGGGUGCGGGCCCUCCCCUCGCCUCUAGAGCUGUCCAAGUACUCGUCGCCGUCGACCAAGGCCGUCACCGUCGAUGAGGAGAACUCGUUCCCCUGCCGUCGCUGCCUGAAAGACGGCGCCGUGGGGGACGAGAUGCUCCUCACGCCGUACGACCCCUUCCUGGGCGACAGCCCAUACCGCCAGCCCGGCCCCAUCUUUGUGCACCUCAACCCAACGUGCGGGGCCUAUAAGCCGGAUGGGGCGCUUCCGGAGCAGCUGCGUCGGCGGCUCCUGUCGGUGCGGUCGUUUGGCAAGGAUCAUUGCAUGGUGGAUGCGGAUGUGGUGCAGGGGGACCAGCUGGUUGGUUUGGCGGAGAGGAUGUUGCGCGAUGGGGCGGCAGAGUACAUUCAUGUUCACAAUGCGAGGCCCGGUUGUUUCGCGGCUCGUAUUGAGCGCUCGGGGGCAUAG